UCAAGUUACGAUGGUAAAUCAGAACGCGUCUCCUUUGUAACUGGGGGACUACCUGCACUACCACUUCUCAUACUGCCGCGGAUCAAAGCCCCGCCCGUCUCUAACUUCCACUAGAAGCGUCUCAGUGAGGAAAAAAUUCCUGCAGCAGGAACAACUGGAUAAAGUCAGGAGCUGGAGUCUAUCGGAAAAAGGAAAACUACUCAAAUAAAACCCGUUCCCCAGAGGCAGAUUCCCAGUGUUUCAUGUCUUGGAGCUGUAGAAGAACUCAGUGAAGGACACGGGCUGUAUCAUGAGCCCACGCGUCUCCUCUGGAUGUCUUUGUUGUGUGUAAAAUCAGGAUUGAUUCGGAUUCUAUUGGUUCCAGAAUUUGGGGUGGAUAUCCUGUGCCUGAGGGAGAGAAUUCCAGACAGAGAGCUGGAGAAGGAAGUCAUGGACACCCAGCUCAUGUCCCGAGUCAAAACACAUCCAUUAGUUUGCUAACUUACGUGUUUUUGCGCUAAUCAUCGGUUCGGUCAUGAACCACACGCCCAGCCCUCACAUGGCCGAGGCGGCUAAAUCGGGUCUGCUGUGCGGCCUGGGCGUGGGUCCGGAUCGGGUGCGCUCUCCAGACAGCAUGACCCACACACCGAGUCCCACAGUGGGCACGCCCAGCGCCAGCCCUCCCCUGCUGCUGUCCCCCGGACUGGGCUGUGAUGGUCUUGGCUCGGGAGCAGACUGGGAGAGCCGCGAGGAGCUGCGUCUACGCGAGCUGGAGGAAGCGCGAGCUCGCGCCGCACAGAUGGAAAAGACAAUGCGCUGGUGGUCCGAUUGCACGGCCAACUGGAGGGAGAAAUGGAGCAAAGUGCGAGCAGAGAGGAACCGAGCACGUGAUGAGGUCCGUCAGCUUCGCCAGCGCCUCGACACGCUCACUAAAGAGCUAACUGGAGUGCGAAGAGAGAGACAGGAGCUGGCCUCUGAUAAUGAGCAGCUCCAGCUCGAGCUUCAGAGACUAAGAACCGAUCAGAGCUGUCCUUCAAAUGCCAACAUCUCCUCCCCCGUCUCCAAUGCAUCCAGUGCCGAUUCCGACAAACGGCACAGCCACGAGGAUGAGAGUGUAGGAGACGGACCAGGUUCUCCAGAGUCGGAACCAGUCAGAGAUGUGGGAACCGAGAGACCAGAAAGACAAAAGGAGCUGCAGCUGUUGGAAGCUCUGCUGAGGGCGAAAGUUGAUGCGCCGGACUCGUGGGACGCGCGCAGUGUGAGCAGUCUUCGGUCGGCUCUGAGUCGUCAGGACCGGAACAGGUUGCUGUGGGAUGAUCUGGCGACCCCAGACGAGGACACCAGCAAACUGAACGCGCUCCAGCUGCGUCUUGACGAGUCUCAGAAAGUGCUGCUGAAGGAGCGCGAAGAUAAACUAGCGCUCAGUAAGAACAUUGAGAAGCUGGAGGUUGAACUGAACCAGUGGAAGCUCAAACACGAGGAACUGAAUAAGUGCAGACAAGAAGCUUUCAAACAGUUGAACUUGCUGAAGGAGGUGCAUCAGGAUGAGCUUGGUCGCAUGUCUGAAGAUCUGGAGGAUGAACUUGGAGCUCGGACCAGCAUGGACAAGAAACUAGCUGAGCUUCGUGCAGAGAUGGAGCGUCUGCAGGUGGAGAACGCGGCAGAGUGGGGCAGGAGGGAGCGACUGGAGACAGAGAAGCUGGCAUUGGAGCGUGACAAUAAGAAGCUGCGUGCGCAGAUGGAGGACAUGGAGGAGCAGCUGGCACGCAAACGCAGACAGGCAGCCAGCGCUCUGGACACCGACCUCAAGAGCAUCCAGAGUGAGCUGUUCGAGAGGAACAAGGAGUUAGCAGACUUGCGUCAUGUCCACACAAAGGUGAAGAAGCAGUACCAGGAGAAGACAGCGGAGCUAGCUCACGCUAACCGGCGCGUGGAGCAGCACGAAGCAGAGGUGAAAAAGUUGAGGCUGAGGGUGGAGGAGCUGAAGAAGGAGCUGGGUCAAGCCGAGGAUGAGCUGGAUGAUGCUCGUAACCAGAGUAGGAAACUGCAGAGAUCUCUAGAUGAGCAAGUGGAGCAAUCGGAGAACCUUCAAGUUCAGCUGGAGCAUCUACAGUCCAGGCUGAGGCGUCAGCAGAAUCCAGGUCUGUUUGGGAAGAUGAGAACAUCGUCAUCGGCCACGUCACGGUUCUGCCCUGAUGACCCCGAGCGCCCAGUCAGUGACCCUGAUGAAGAGGAGGACAAGCUGCAGAUUCAGAUCCCUUGAACAUUCUAUUUACCUGUGACCUUUACCCUGUCCGGCUUGUACAGGACCCAUGACGGGUUCUGAUGUGGAACCGGUACUUUGAGACAUAGGAUGGGUUCUGAUGUGGUUCCCGUACAGAGAGCAGCAAGAAGACCUUGAUCAGGAAGUGGCAUCAUCUAACAUAUUUCACUCACGUCGUCUAUCAUUAGCGUUUCCACUGAGCCGUGUGCUCUGAUGGCGCUUUUCCACUGGGGCUGUACGGUAUGGUACAGAAAACUACUACUGCCCUGUAUCUGUUUAAGACUGCUUCAUGGUACCUGUGAGAGUAGGUGGGCCUUGUUGGGGUGUGACAUCACUUUCUGGCAUUAAGCCUGAACACAAACAACAACAAAGAACCUGAAGGCUUUUGUUUUUUGUUUAAUAUAACGAGAAAUAAAUAUAGCACAUGGAUUACAGUAUGUUGAGAUGAUCAGUCAAGAUGGUGUUUGACCAAUCAUCAAGCUGCACCAUUUGUAGCUCCACCCACUUGUUCAUGUUUACGACGUGUUACUGUACCGCUUCGUUACCGUCCCAGUGUAAACGCGCUAUAAUAACUCACUUCAGCUUUCUAUACGUUUUUUAUAUUCCUUUGAACAGAAUGCAGUGUCGUGUUGUGAGUUCCCGCUCAGUGGGUUGUGUGUGCUGUGUAAACGUCCUUUCCAGGUUCA